AUGGUUAGCCACCAGACCCAGGCUUCAACAGCCCUGCCCUGGGCUCCGGAGGAAAAGGACUUCUCCGGCAUGGAGGGGGAGUUCAGUCCCUUGCCUAGACAGCAGCGUGACUGGGCUCCGGAAGAGGGGGAGGAGGAGGAUGAAGAGGAGGAAGAGGAGGAAGACAGAGAUACAGACUCAAUGGAGGAAAGCAUGGAGGGUGACACGGAGCUGCCAGGUUUCACUCUUCCUGGUGAAACUUCCCAGGAGCCUGUAGUUGGCAUAGGAGACUCUGCCGCACAGCUGGCUGGGGUAUCUUACCAAGUUCCAGACACCAUUGAAUGGGAACAGCAAAACCAGGGCCUUGUGAGAAGCUGGAUGGAAAAGCUAAAAGAUAAGGCGGGAUACAUGUCUGGGAUGCUGGUCCCUGUGGGGGUUGGUAUAGCUGGAGCCCUGUUUAUCCUUGGAGCACUCUACAGCAUUAAGAUCAUGAAUCGCCGAAGGAGAAACGGCUCCAAAAGGCAUAAAAGAAAGCAGAGGGAAUUUAACAGCAUGCAAGAUCGAGUAAUGCUCUUAGCUGAUAGCUCUGAAGAUGAAUUUUGAACCUAACUGCGGAGCCGUUGUGAUUUCCAAUGACUUUUUCGGGGGCAAGGGGAGAAGAAGGAAGGCGUUUGUGCUGCAUCACUGCUAUCAGCCACCAUGUGCCACUGUGUAGCGGUUUUUACAUCCUGGCAAAACAGGCAUGUUGUAUUCUAAAUGUAAUGCGCAAUGAUGUUUGUUUUUACACAGUAGUGAGAUUACACAUUCACACAGUGCACCUCAUUGAAAUGCAGAAUACGUAUUGUUACAGCUGGAGCCGAUACUAAUGGAUGAUACUUUGUUUUGAUCACAGUGUAAUAUUUUUGUUCCAGCUGAUGGUAACUAAUCAUAAUUAUUGCUGUCACCUAAUUUCAGGAUGGACACCUUCACCGAGAAUGACUUCUGUCCAAUUAGUUAACCGUAAAUGUUAUAUUACCGGAGUUUACUAGAGUUUGUCAGUGCUAAAAUUAGCUGUUCUACUUAAUUAACAAACUACACACUUGAACCACCUACCUUGUCAACAGGGAGAUGCCCAAGUAUAGUCCAAUUAUAGACAUAAUAAUAGACUCAUUUGUGCAUUCCUUGCCCCAAUUUCCCUUGUCUUUUUUAAAAAUCCUCCUUUUAACUGUGUUCCAUGUUUAGGGAAAACAUAUGGAAAUGGCAACAAAACACAAUUCAUAGCCUAAAUAUUCAGUGCAGUUUUCACCAGCAUUGUAACAGCACAACAAAUGCCGCCACCCGCACAUUGACAAAUGCUAAGAUGCUCUUUGCAUGAAUCUCUUAGCUUUUAUUCAGUGUGCCGCUGGAAUAUCAAGCAGGCAAAAGAAACAGGAAAAGCAGGCUAGAGAGUUUUCAUCUUAAGGGGCUUGUCUGAUUAUUUGUUUGGUGUGGUUCACCUAUCAAGCGGAGUUCUGCCCUCUUAGCGGUGCUAGCGAAAUAAUAAUCGAGCGUCGGUCUCUUUUCACAAUUGGUAGCCAACUCUUAUAAGCGUCACAAACACCUGUGGCCCUCUGCACCCUGGAAGGUGCAUAAUACUGUGGCUGUGUCUUGUCGUCUGAUUGGUCAGGAAAGCAGGUGGUGUGUGGGAUGCAGUACAGAAGGCAAAUGAAGCACAGGCUCCUGGCUCAUGCGAAAGGAGCUCUCCUCCUCUUGAGUGCUGAAGAGGAUCUCACUUGUGGCUGACAGAUUUUUUUGGACCAGAUUCAGAUCAGGUUUAGAAGUUGUGCCAGCACAAGGCUGCCGUGAUGUGACUGUAGAUGGCUAGGCACUCAUGGCUGGGGUGCGUAUGGUUAUAGAUAGCAAAAGCCCCCAUCAGUGGAGAAGGAGAUCAAGGCUGGGAUACAUAUGGCCAAAAGGAAAGGUAGUCAGGGCUGCAGCAUGUGUGGUUGUGGGUGGAAUGGGGUCAGAUUGGGAACAUGGGGUCACAGGCCAGAAGGCAGCUGAGGCAGGAGUGAAGGCAGCCAUAGAUUAGGAAGUUGUUAGGAUGAGGUGUGUGUGGCCAUAGGUGGAACGGCAAUCAAGGCUGUAGUACAUGCGGCCACAGGUGGCUGAGGCUGGAGGAAAGUGUCCUUACUAGUCAUUUCAUCAGCAAGUGUGAGCAUCAUCAACAUGUACAGUUGAUCGCAAAAUAACACAGUGAAUUAGCAAAACAUGUUUCUGGAACUGAACAGGAAAGAAGGAGCAUUGCUGCUGAGCUGGUUGGUUGGCUGGUGGUUUCAACCCAGAAUAUGUGCCAUGUUUUGUUAUUGUUGUGUUUUUAAAAAUGCCCCUUAUUUCCUCUGCUCUGGCGUGCCGUGAGAUGGCUGUUUCGUUCUGCAUCCAUAUUGCAUGUGUGCAAAAAUCCUUAUUCCCAAAUUGGAAAUUGCCCCUAUUAGAGGGAACCUUGAUUUAAGCUGCAACGAGUCGAGGACACAAGAUGAGUCAAGUAAGGUCAGGAGGUUGCUCAUUUAUCUAGAUCGAUCCCUCUAAAUCUUUGAAAGAAAUACGAGAGACAUGUUUGAAGAAUAGACAGACUAUGAUUGAAUUCUUUGUAAAGGUGAAAAGGGCUGGCUAAUUGCCAAGAUGCGACAUAGCAAAGCCCUGUAAGUUACGCCAAUGGGGAUGAUACAGAAACCAGAGGUACAGGGAGGCCCCACUUCUGCUCUGUUACCCUGCCCAUACCCUCCACCCUGCGGGGGCCAGUAGCAUUUGAGUGUGUAAAUUCUAUUGUUGGCAUGCACAGACGAUAGUGAUCAAACACUGCACGGGCACAUGAUUGUGUGUGCAAAGCUGAGGCUUAUGCUUUGAAAAUUGGACUGGCUGUUGACUGUGCAGGAAACAGCCCACAUACCAACCAGCGUAUACAGUGUGAACCAGAAAAAUGGGAUUCCUUCUCUGGGAUAGUGAGAGCUCUCCCGCUGGAAACGGAAGGUCAGCGAUCUGCAGAAUGUCCUGCACAAAUGUGAUGUUUAAUAACAAGCAAUGGAGUUUGCUCACCCAAACCGAGGUACUUUGCAAUAGCUUUUUCCCGUGUUACAGCGGCUUCCCUUGAGCGUGAAAGAAGGGACCAGCAGGAUUUGAAAUGCGCCUAUUGAUGAGUCUUCCAAUCUGACAACUCUGCAUAGCGAAUCAGGGAUUUCUCAAUGAACACACGGAAAAUAGAGGUGGACUAAGGCUAAACAGAGCCAAUUCCAACAAAAUGUUGGGGUCCCCCUGGAGCGUGUCUUCCUUCAAGCACCCCUCUGGGACAGACUUUCCCUCCCAGCACCUCCAGAUAGACUCUUGUCUUCCACCCCCGGGUCUUUUGUCUUCCUGCCUUGCUAGGCAGUCCCAGGUCUCCUGGCAGCAAUCACCUGUUUGUUCUGUUGCCACUUGCUACUCUGCCGCUCACUGGUGCUCCCAGGUGUCUCUGUCUGUGAGCUCUGGAUCUCAAGGAUCCUGCCUAAAUCCAUCCAGGAAACAUAUAGCAAUUAUUUAAAUAUAGUUUAAAUCCAGCAGCAGGGUUGUUUGUUCUUAUAACAAAUGGUUAAAGCCUCUUUCCCUCAGAGCUAGGGAUCAGUCCUAGCUAGGAGAAGCAUUUCCUCUUGAAAUGAAUGCCCACUCUUUUCCUCUCUCUCUCUCUCUCUCUCUCUGAAGUUGCUUGGAGGAGGGGAAAUGGUUUUGGGAUGUUGCUACACUAACAAAAUGAGGAGCUCUGGCUUAACUACCUGCUCCAGCUGAGGCAUCUGGUAACAGGGAAGUCUUUUCCUUUGGACUCUUUGAGGAGGUGGCAGGGCUUGUGGCCAGGUCUGAUUGUGGAAGCGAAGCCUUCAGCAGAGUGACUUUCAUCCCAGCUCAGCUUAAUUACUGCUGUCUCAGCCAGAAUCAGCUUUUAGCAGGCUGGGAGCAAGAGACUAUAUAGGCAACGGCGGGAUAUUUGUGGAAACUGUUCUUCCAUCUUAAAGGCGGAGGCACAGGAAGAACAUAUGGGCUAAGGGCAUGAACCAUUCUGCAGGAGUGAGUGUAGCUGACUUAGGAGCAGCAAGGUUAGUAACUGGUCUCACUGGGCUCUUUGCCAGGGGCGAUGCCCUGGAAGACAGCUCUGAGCUGGUAGCAGGAAGGUGAGCUGUUGGGGCAGAUGAGAAACAGAGGACUUGGGAUGGCUCAGUGAAACCCAAAAGGCUGGGAAUCAGCAGGGCUUUCUGCAAUGACAGCCUCUGCAUUGUGCUCCUGCUAGUGAUUGUUCACAAGGGGUAACACCAGUGUGGGCUCUGUGCAGUAGAUGUCUAGCCUGUGUUGACUGAGCAGGAAAAGAGGAAGGGUGGGGGUGGAGGGAACCCAGGGCUAGGAGUGGGAGGCCAGGGCCCCUCAAAUGGGGAUGUCAGCUUGCUGGAUUGGAAAAGCUGCUAGUGAGCCACCCCAGCCUUUCAUUGUGCUUAUAAAGCCAUAGUUUGGGAAGUGCUAACUUUGUACGCUCAACCAUUUCUCUUUUUCCCCCACCGUCAUUAAGUUCAUAAGAAAUUAAAAGGAAGGCUGCCUGUGGAAACGAUGAAGCCGCAUUUAAAUGAAACAGCUGCAUUUCUCCCUUCUUGUCUGUCAUGGUGUGUUUGACAGCCAAGAACAGCUUGGUAAUAUCACGGAUUUUAUUCAGUCCACCCAUGCCAGGCAUGUGUGCUAACCACAGAGCUGUAUCAGCUGUGUCUGAACUAGGGUCUGACAGAUAAAUGCAAACGUCCCAAUGGUUAAAUAGCACUUAGGUGCGGGAACUAGGCGUGCGGGAGGUGCUGCAGCACUCCCUGGCUUGAAGUGGUUUCAGUUAUAUCGAGGGUUUGCAGUUUGGUUCCAUGCCUCUCAGCACCCCAACUAUACAAAUAGUUGCAGCGCCCCUGCUUAUAGUGCGAUAUGAGCUGCCGCAGCAGGAAAUUCCAAGCUCGCUGAGAUGCACUACGCUUCCUGGUCAUGUUCAAUGUCUGCCAUUGUGGUCCAUCUGAGGGUCCGGAUGCAUCCUCUUAUGGAAAAAGCCUGCGGGAAGCAGCAGAGGGCCUGCGAAACUGUCAAGUGACACUCGAGGACCUGAUCCAAAGCCCGAUGAAGUCAAUAGAAAGACGCCCAUUGACAUCAAUGGGCUUUGAAUGAGGCUCAGAGUUUCCAGCUAAUCUCCUCCCCUGCAGGGUGCUGGCGAGGAGGCAGGUGGCAUAGCCUCCCAUAGUGUUUGAAGGGAAAGCCCCAGUCCGGCUGAUGCAGGGACAUCCACAGACAUCCUCCAUGCUUUUGUUCUGGGCCCCCUCGACAUCAUGACUCCCCGAGGAAUGGGGCUGUCAUUAACCAGGCAUGCACUGUCUGGGCAGAACCAUCCUCUCAGGAGGGCUGCAUGCAUGCAGCACAACAUAAUGCAGAUUCUAGCAGCACUGGUAUAAACAACUGCUUGGAGAGCCUCUCGUCUGAUGAAGAGCGUGCCACAAAAUCCAGCUGCAACCUGGAUCUUCCGAUCCAGCUCCGGCUCUGCACAGACAAAUAGAGACAAUGGCCAGGCCCAUUAUUAGUCUGCCAGUGAAAAAUCAUUUUGGAAUGUCUUUGGAAGGGAGGCCGGGCCUGAUCUAAUGUCUAUUGAAGUCAAUCGGAGUUGGAGCUGGCCCUCAGUAUGCACGCACCGUUUAACUGCAUAUCCAUUUAAGGUCUGAUCCAAAGGCAGACAGUGGGAAGACUUCAGAGGACUUUAAAAUUAUUUCCCAGACAGCAGCCUGGGGUUCCCACCAGUAGCUGGACAAAUCCGCUUGAAAUAAUUGAAAUGCAGGCUGAGUGGGAGUCAUGUCCUGUUGGGAGUAGGGUGCCCAGAUAGC